AUGUCAGCUGCUGUGAUCUCACAUCGUGUUAAUUAUUCAGAAUAUAUGGCUGAUGUAACCGGUAUUCAAAAGACAACAAAACCAAUCAAUACUGGUGCUUCGCGACAAAAUCAAGGCGCUCAUCAAACAGGUGCAGCAAUGCCACAGUACGGUGGUGGUGCAGAGAAAUGCGCUCGAUGUGCGAAAAACGUUUAUUUAGCUGAGAAGAAAGUCGGAGCUGGUCGAUCGUUUCAUUCCAGCUGUUUCAGUUGUGAAACAUGUAAUCGUAAAUUGGAUGCCACAACUUUAUCUGAACACAAAGGUGAAAUCUAUUGUAAAACAUGCUAUACAAGACAAUUCGGUGUGCAUGGUUUGAUCAGUGGUGUAACAAUGUCAACUGAACAUCCAGUGCGUGAAGUUCGUCAUUCACGUCGUUCAUCGUAUGGUAGUGAUCUUGAUGCACCAGUUAUAACACAUAAACAAACUCGACAACGUGCACAUUCGAAUGACAAUGCACUUCGUGGUGAACAUGGUCCUACGCAGAAUGAUGAAAUACCAAAAAUGUUUCCAUGGCGUAAUGAUGUUUUACCUGAACACCCUCAACAGUAUGAAUCAGAAACAUCGCCAACAAAAGCCAAAAUAACUGCCAUAUUCGAUGAAAUUGUCAAUAAACCAUACGUGAGACCAACCAGUCAAAUCGGCUUUGAAAAAGUUCUCCAAUCAACUGCAGAUGAAAUUCAUUCGGGAGAAGUUGAUCGUCAAAAAUACCACUUUGGAGACGGAGAAGCACCCUAUGGUAACGGUGCAUCAGCACUUAUUCACAUGCCCGUUAUCUCACCACCAAAACGAUCCGAUUCGACGAUUGAACGAGUUGUGAUGCCAACACCUCCAACGAAACAUAAUCAACGAAGUCGAAGUCCAUCACCAACAUCAACAGAUAUCUACCAUCGACAAACCGAUCGCAAACAUCAUACAGAUAUAUCAGAUAACUUCUCACGAUUAACAUUGAACGACAAGGAAGUGAAUAAUUUCACUACUGACAAACUCACAACUGAAAAUCCACUUAUCAAACCAACAUAUUCAUAUUCAUCUUCUCGUGAAGAAAAACGAGUUUCAUCUAACACCGACAGUCAUUCUCGUGAUUCGUCACCUUCAGUAACUGCAAAUAGUAAUCGAUCGCCAUCACCAACCAGUGGUUACGCUUCAUCAGGUGCACAUGGAGAUGGUACCGCAUGUGAUUCGUCAUCGCCACCAUCCGCUUUCGUUCCACAACAUGAUUAUCUCAAUACGCGAUCAUCGAAUGCCAGCGUUGUUGACCGUCAAUCACCACCAUCGCCAAAAGAACGAACAUCCUCAGCUUUGCAUGAUUUUGUUUCCAAAACAAAUACGAUUUCUUCACCAAGUGCCGGUGGUAAAUAUUCAACAUUGGCUGCUUUGAUCAAACCACAUCGACCAUUGUCACAAUUGAACAGCAAUGGUAGCGAAUACGAUAAUUAA